UGCUUCAGUUCUGCUACUUGACUGAUGGUGUCAUCGUUCCCCCAUAAAUAUUGUGACGUUUUGUAAAUAUUAAUCGUCUCCUCGGGUCAAUCGAAACGAUAAUUAUUGAUAAAGUUGUUGGAUUAACAUUCAGAAUGAUGAAUUUGUGUGAGUGAGCCGCUCCACAUUCAUAUAAAGAGGGAACAGAAUUUUCUCGUGAAUCGAUACAUUAGUCAUUCGCAAAGGUUUGAGUUAGUGCUCGCGAGUUUUAUUCCACUCGUCAAUUUAGUUGAGGAGAAAUGUCCACUUCGAUCAUGUCGAAUGCCAAGCUCCAGGACGAUAUGAGCAGUAUUCCGUUAGCGGACGAUGAUCCACAAGUGAUCAUCCCAGAGGAAGAUGUGCCUGACAACGACUCCCACAUAUCAGGUGCCUUCCGUCGUGGUCGUAGCAUGGAUUCCAUACCAUCGACUUUCACCAAUGGCAGCUGCAGUCCAAACAGUCUAGAUCCUGACGUGAGUCCCGACGAGCAGGAAGAGAAGGCCAGGCUAAUUUCCCAAGUCCUCGAGCUCCAGAACACCCUAGAUGAUUUGUCGCAGAGAGUUGACAGUGUGAAGGAGGAAAAUCUCAAAUUGCGGAGUGAAAACCAGGUGCUGGGACAGUACAUCGAGAACCUCAUGUCUGCAUCGAGUGUGUUCCAAUCGACGAGUCCCAAAUCCAAAAAGAAGUAAGCUUCGUAUUUUCGGUUUUAUGCUUGACACUGAUCGAGUACUGGAUUUAGUAAUUCUAGGGUUUCUCAGAUCCUCAAUGCUUUUUCUUAAUUUUAUAUGAGAGUAAAAAGGUUCUGUAGCAGUCUUUGACAAUCUACAACAACAUUAUGGAGAGAAAUAUUGUUGAAUCAGGCAUUUAGAUCCAUCUUGAGUUGAGAAUACGAAAAAGGGAAUAUCCUUCGAGAACAAAUCUCAAAAAUAAUACACCAGGGAGUAUUAUCUUUCAAACUUUAUCCAGGUGUUUUCCUUUUAAUUUUUGUAAUCUCCAAAAAUUAUGCGUGGACAUUUGUGAAGAGCCUUUUUGAUGCAUAUUGAGUAAUAGUUCAAUAGGAAGAAAAUUUAGAAUACAUAAUUCAUCGUUGCAAUUGUCUAUUGCACUUAUUUCCCAAUAUUAAUUAAAAAUACUCUUUGAGAAUGUUCAGCUUUCAUUCCAUAUAUAAUUCUGGAGAACUAUGUGAUGUAAGACCGAAUUGCAGUUAGAAAAUCUUCGACAUCACCAAAAAUAAAACAAACACUCAAGAAAACGUUCGAGAGAUAAUACGGCCGAGUUUGAAUUCAAGAAUAUUUUUCAUUCCAUGAUCAGAUAUUAGAAUCUAAUACUAAAAUUAGAUAAUGAGCAUUGCAUAUGCUUUCGACGAGUAAGUUCAUAGAACUCAGCAACUGAUUUAACGAGAAUUAUGUUUUAUGGGGCCUCAAUCACCAAAGAACGCAAUUUAUAAUUUAAUCGUCUGGGAACUUCCUUACUCCUAAGAGUUUACGAAGGCUUGAUAGUUCAUUGAUAGUUCAUUGAUAAAUAAUUUAUAUUUAAACUUCAUAAUCCCAGACUCUCGGAAUCAAUCAUUUUUACAUGAAUAAUUGAUGUAAUUCCUUUGAAUUAAUGAGGAAACGAGGAGAGCUGUGCUUAAACAAUUCUGUUGAUUCAAACCUUAAUUACAUGACAGAUAGCGAUGAGUGAAAAUGAUCGAAGUAGUACAAUCACCGCCGAGUGCUGGUGAAAGAUGAAAAUUAAUGAGAGAUUAAAUAUUCAAGCACGAGCUUCGCUUACAGUACUUGUUGUACAGAAGAGAGAAAUGAAUUAUAUUAGAUAUAAUUGUCAUAUGAGAACUUAUAUAUUGCAUAUAUAGAAAGUAACUUCUGUUAUGUCUAAUGAGAGAGAGGGGGAUGACAAAAAUGUUUGACGAUAUAUUUCGCUCUUUCUUAUACAUAUUAUUUGCUGCUUAUUCGUGUGUACGUGGAUACAGACAACUGAUGACUUGAGAUGAUGAUCUAAUACGAGUAUCAUAAUGUAACUUGCUAAUCGUGAAGUGGAGACUCACGAGCACAAGCACAAUGACUGCACAAUUCUAAGAUGAUUCCAUUGUUAAGUCACGGUAUGAUAAUAAAUAUUGAAAACUAAAAGCUGAAUUUUUUUGUGAACCAAUGGUGAAUAGAUUCAGAAUACUCUAUUGAUGUCCAAUAACUAGGAACUGAAUUGCUUUUUGUCCCCAUGCGGUUUUUGGCCCUGCUUUUGGCCUCCCAUUCUUCUUUAUCCCAAUCCACCAGCCCUCAGCUGCAUAUUUGUGGGAUCUGAAUGCCUCGUAUGAACCGAUACUCCACUGCUCCCAUUCUGUGGUGUCUUUGUGCUCUUUUAACUGAAAGUCAGUAAUUUUUUCAUUCUUUUAUUUUAAUUUUUAUUGAGGUUUGGGGGACAUUACCUCACCGUAGAGGUGUCCUUUUUUGUUGAACGCUAGAAAAUGACCGGUUUCCGGAUUUUGUAUUCUAAUUACUCCGAAGGAUACUGAUGAUACAUUGAAUAAUGCUGAAACAAACCCGAACGAUUUAUCUUCAUGAGUUGAGAAUGCAAAAAUCCUCAAUACAAAAGUGAGAAUUAAUUCGAUGGAGACUUAUCAAUUUA